AUUGUGUUGAAACUUAUGGUCUCUCUGAUGAUCAGCAAGGCAGGGUUACUAAAUUUGGUUCAAUACAAUGAAAAGAAGAUGUUUGAGGUCAAACUCAAGGAGAUGAAGUCUGCACUGACAACCCAGAUAGCCGAGGAGACUGAUAUAUCUGAAGUCAUAGAUACUGUGAAGCAACGUGUUAAGGACGCUAAUUUACCUGACAUUGAAGUCGUACGCAUUUUGUGGGAUGUUAUAAUGGAUGCUGUCCAAUGGUCUGGGAAAAACCAGCAGCAGAAUGCUAAUUCAGCUCUGCGGCAGGUGAAAACAUGGGCAGAACUAUUAAAUACUUUCUGUACCAAUGGGAAGUUGGAGCUUGAACUCAUGUACAAAGUUCAAAUCCAGUGCUAUGAGGAUGCAAAAUUAAUGAAGUUAUUUCCUGAAAUUGUGAGGUCUCUCUAUGAUCAGGAUGUGCUUGCAGAAGAUACCGUUCUCCUUUGGUUCCGCAAAGGAACAAACCCAAAGGGCAGACAAACCUUUGUGAAGGCAUUGGAGCCAUUUGUGAAUUGGCUGGAAGAGGCUGAAGAAGAAGAAUGAGUGAGGUCUGCCUCAUCUCAUAAAGUAGUAAUUUAUCGUCUUGGAAUAUUUUUAGCUUCCUGAGGAGAUCACAUAACUUAUCGUGUGUUAAAGAUUAGUGUAAACGGCUCAUUUUACUUCAUGUGUUUUAAUGACGGCAUGAAUGGUUAACGUUUAUUACUUGCAAUAAAAAUAGUUCUCUUUCUUUC